ACAGUCGAAUAGCGUUGCUGAAAGUUUCUCGACCUUUUCUGAGCUCUUAUGAGGUAGAGGUAGCAAUACCUAUCAGCAUGUGAUCUCCGGAUUGUUGAUGAAGGAACCCUUAAGGUGCAUUUCAGUCUCCACCCCGCAUGCGAGAUUGCAUACGUACCCUGGUCAAUAUACAGUCAGCAAAGCUGGUAUUCUUGUGGUUAAAAAGUCCCUUUAGAAGACGGAUAUACAAACCCCUUGAGAAACCAGAGUUGAAUCGCAGUGAGUAUUCGCUCUCCAUGCGUGUGGUCUCUGUCUUGCCACUACUGACUGGCCUAGUCAAUUGUUGCUUGGCCACAUAUGUAACCUUUAAGUUUCCCAUCAACGCGCCUGGGUACGGCGGCCAGCAUCUCCAUGGUAGUCAACCAUAAUUUAUGCAGUGACGGUGAGGGAUGAUGUAUGUAACACCUUGCUGAGCGGGUCCCUGACUC